AGCUCCUUUUCUUUUUCUUUCUUUCUUUACGUUUCGUUGCAACACACACAAAACACGGCAACCUUCGAACAGCCGCGCUUUGACGGGGUUGUGUGUCUCUUGUGUGUGCGUGUGUGUGUCUUUGAGUCUGAUUCACUUGCGCGGCGUUCGGUUGCUCUGAGGCGGGAGGAGACACAAAACGAAGAAGAAGAAGAUAGACGACAGCACGAAUGGCGUCCAGCGUUGCCAAAGCAUCGCCCGUCAGCAACCCUGGCAGCGCCAACCAGACUGGAUCCGCCAGCAAGCUGAUCAAGGACCACUACAUUGACAUCAAGGUCGUCGAGGCGCGCAACCUGCCAGGCCUCCUGCAAUCAUGCUUUUGCACGGUAAGGCUCAAUCGCAACGAGGCCGGUCGCACGCCGCACAUCUCUGCUGGUCGACGCAUCUCGCUGGGACGCAUGAAGGAUGCCGCUCCGUCAAAGGGCAACUCAAACCCUUACUGGGGCACCGAUUUCCACUUUGAGCUCUUCCCAGAGUUUCACGACAUUUCCGUUGUCGUGUGGGACGCCCGGCGCAAAGCAGACAUUCCCACUGGCCAAGUGUCGAUUCCAAAGGCCGUGCUGCAGGCGCGCACAGGCCAUGUGCCUGUCGAGCAGUGGUACAAGCUCAAACCCGCGACCGACGAGGACCGCUUGCUUGGAGACAUUCAUCUGCAAAUUGUGUUUGUUCCUGCGGCCAGUAGCGGCGGCGACCAGGCCACUGCCGACGAUGCCUCCGCGGGUGUUUUGCGCGUCAAGGUGCUCGAAGCGCGCGAUCUCUUUUACGGCGGCCGAGGCAACAGCGGGACAAUGAAGCGCAAAAUCACCGACAUCAACCCCGUCGUGUCUGUCGCCCUGAUUUCCCCAGUGCCAGGCGCCAGUCCGGUCGAGCACCGAACCCACCAGUUUAAGGCCAACGACGCUCCGACGUUUGACGAGCUGUUUGAAAUUCCCGUGCGCAAUGCCGACCUGCUCUCGUCCCUCCAUGUCACUGUUUUGACCACUCCGAGCGGUAAAAGCAAUCACGGCACGAUAGGCCCCGGCGGGACAGUCUCGUCGCUGUCUGCAGUGAUUAGCCGCGGCGAAGCUGCGAUGGGGCGCAUUGUUUUGCCGCUGGCCUCGCUUGAGCGAGGUACAGUGUACGACCACUGGUACGCCCUCUACCCAGCCAUCGACGCUGGCAAUGGCUCGACACCUCCGCACACACCAGGUCUAUCGCCCAGUCCAGCGACGUCGCCUCUCGCUCCGAGCUACCCUACUCCAGGCGAAACCUCUUCUGGAAGUGGCCCCACCCGAAGCAACGGGUCACCGGCCCCGCCUGGCCUGGACGAAGGACCCAUGAUUCGGCUGCGACUUUCCUACAUUGAAGAAGGCGUGCUGCCCGUGAGCGAGUAUUCCGAGUUUGUCGACUUUUUCCUCAACAAUCGGCGGCAGCUUGUUUUGGCGCUUGAUGGUGUGACCAGAGACCGUUCGGAGACUGGCCAGCGUAUUCUCGAUCUCAUUGGCACCCGGCGGUUGACACGAAGCUUUCUGAAGGAAAUGAUGGAGGUGCAAUUUCGCUCUGCCAUCGGCACCACGUCCUCGAUUGUCCAGAACGCCUCUCUCGCCACCAAGGUGAUUGAACUGCACAUUCGAAACAUUGCCUUGCCCUACGUUCGUGCCGUUCUCAAAGAGCCGCUGGAUGAGAUGAUUCUCGAAGACAAGUACUGCGAAGUCAACCCGUUCUUUGUCGACAAGACCACCAAUGUGAAGAAAAACCUCCAACUGCUCGCAGAGUACGCAACGCGCGUGAUGAAUGCCAUCAUGUCUUCCGGAAAGCAGUUCCCGACACCUCUACGCCAAGUUUGUGCCGAUCUGCGGCAUUGUGCGGCCAAGUGCUUCCCUAGCGAUCCCAACGUGCGGUAUUCUGCCGUCAGUGCCUUUAUUUUUACGCGAUUGUUGUGUCCUGCAAUGAUGGGACCCAAGGCAUUCCACAUGUGCGCAGACUUCCCCAACGAGCGUGUUGCUCGAACACUCACGCUUGUGGCCAAGACGGUGCAAAUGUUGGGCUCGCUCACCGAGUACACUGAUAAGGAAAGGUACCUGCUGCCAUUAAAUCGCGUUAUCGAGGAUAACACCAGCAGCCUGAAAGCCUUUCUCGACAUGGUCGCUGUUGAGCCGCGCAGCCCGUCGGCCACGACCACCGAAGAGUUUUCCGUGUCCCCUUCCUCUGGGAGCGCAAGCCUGUCGGCCGCGACUGGCUACAGCUUGAGCGUCGGUGCUUCUCUCGGCGUCUCGACGCCAGUCUUGUCUGCUGACCAGGAGGUUGCCAAAGCUGCGGCGGCUCUGUUCCGACAUCUCUGGUCGCUGCGCGAGGCCAUCGAGGAGAUGAACGACCGGCGGCAGGACGAUCCCGCGUUCGACACUUCGCGGCAGCUUUUGCAAAUCCUGGACAAGCUGUAUGCGACCCACGUUGCCAACCACGCCAUGGUCCGACCGCUUGCUAUUGCAGGCAACAUUGACUUGCGGCAUGUGCAGCUCCCGUCUGCGCUAUUGGACGCGGCAAAAGAGCACUCGGUCACGGUUGCCAAGGCGCGAAAACGCACCAUUUCCAACAACACUUCCGAAAUCCAUCCGCUGGUGUUUGGAGGGGCGCAAAGCAAUGGCUCUUCGGCCACCAACCACGAAUCGGACGCAUCCGAUGUCGAGCGCACCUCGGCCGACCUGCUUGAGCAUUUGACAUCCACCAUCGCUCAACGCAUCGCGGCGCUGCUUGCCGCUGCCAAUGCCGGCAACAAGGCGCAGUUUGUGAAUAUCGCCAGCGACGCAGAAGUCGGAGUGCUCGCCCUGCUCGCUGCGCUGACACCGCGACCAGGCACCAAAGAGACGUCGACCUCCUCGACCCAACUCGCUGCCUUUAACGCCGCUCGCGGCACGCUGUUGCAGCAUGUCCAGGCGCUUCUUGAUCAGGCACGCACGGCCUCGGCUGAAGCCAAGGACGCACCCAGUGACGAGGCCGCUCUCAAGCUCAUGAUGGCACACGCUCAGAACGUGCUCUCAUCGACGCGUGAAACCGUGCUGACGCUGAUUGCCGUGCCCAAGUCGAGAUCUCCGUCACGCGCGCGCGCAAGCGCCGCAAACGCUGCCAUGCCCGUGUCGGUUGCCAUUGCGGCCAGCGCAUCGAGGCCGCACGGUAGCGUUGCAAACUCGUCAUCACGCUCUCCAGCCCCAGUGGCCGAGUUGUUUGAUGGCGCCUCGAGCGCAUCCUCUCCUGUCGGCGCGGCAUCUGCGCCAACCGAGACGAGCACAUCCUAUGCCAGGCAGCUCGACGAUAUUUGCCAGGAAGUGGAACCACCGACAGGCGAGGUCACGCUCGUGUUCACUGACAUUCAAAAUUCCACCGCCAUCUGGGAGUCGGACGCCUCUGCGAUGCGAACGGCCAUCAAGGUUCACAACAACAUUAUGCGGCGGUGUCUGCGCAGGCACAAGGGAUACGAGGUCAAAACCGAGGGCGAUGCGUUCAUGGUUGCGUUCCAAGACCCAGUGGAUGCCGCUGCUUGGUGCAUGGCGGCCCAGCUGGAGCUGAUGGAUGCUGAAUGGCCACAGGUGACUUUGUCGUUUGCCGGGUGUGGCGAGCAACGCACUGCCAACGGCCAACUCGUAUAUCGAGGUCUUCGAGUGCGCAUGGGAAUCCACACGGGUGAUGUUGGAUUUGAGCUGGACGACAUCACUGAUCGAAUGGACUACUACGGUCCGAACGUCCGCCGAGCAAAUCGGGUUUCUUCACUCGCGAGCGGAGGCCAAAUUGUCGUGUCUGGCGCAGCGUGGGCCCAGCUGCAGCCAAAGUUGCGCACAGAAACACUUGCACCCUUCCACGCUGCCGGAAAGCCCCUGGGCGAGUUCAAACUCAAGGACUUGGAGAUUCAAGAAACGCUCGUUCAGCUGCUUCCUGGAACCCUGAGCGAGCGAGCCUUCCCGCCGCCCGGAACUGCCGCCGCUUCACCCUCUGCCACACCUGGCGCUGGCGUGCACUCAGGGGUGGAUGCCCUGCAAGUGCGAGAGAGCGCAGGACACGGCGCUCCGCGGCGCAACUCAAAGUACUACGAAAUGCUUCAAAAGAUCUCGCCCGAGGUCUCCCCGCCCACCGGCACCGUCACUAUCGUGUUUACGCACGUGGCACAUGUGACGGAACUCUGGGAGGCCAACCACACGGCCAUGUACAACGCCACCAAAAUCCACAACGACCUGGUGCGCACGUCGCUGCGUUUCCAGCACGGGUAUGAAGUGCGAACGGAAGGCGCCUCCUUCCUCGGUGUCUUCCAGAACGUUGUCGAUGCUGUGCAGUGGUGCGCCAUCCUGCAAAUGAAGCUGGUCGCUGCCACUUGGCCGAGCGACAUUCUCGACAUGGAGCACUGCAAGCAGGUGCGUUCGUCCAGCGGUCGGCUGCUCUUCAGUGGCCUUCGCGUGGGCAUCGGCAUGCACACUGGCGAAGUCGGCUGCGAGCUGGACAAUGUCACGGAGCGCAUGGAGUACUUUGGGCCUGCCGUGAGUCGCGCAACGCUGCUCGGCAAUAUGGCAGACGGUGGUCAAAUCAUUGCCAGCGAAGGCACCAUCAAGGCCCUUCAAGCGUGCGGUAGCGAUAUCACCGAGCAGCUCGAGGUGCGGUUCACCUUUGCUGGCGAAGUCGUUUUCAAGGGCCUUGGUUCCGAACGGCUGACCGAGAUCUGCCCGAACUUGCUCAGCGGACGCCAGUUUGUUCUGCAGCCAGGAACUAGCACAUUGGUCGCAGAGCGGUCGUCGUCGGGAAACUUUGACGACGUGCUGCGCGCCAUCAAAAACUUUGAUGCAAAGUCGUCGCGAACACCACGACACUCCUCGUCGUCCGCAACUGCCCUCAAGCCAGCCUCUUCCUCCCUUUCCGUCACGUUUGGCACUGGUUAUGCCACGCUGUCAUCGUCCAUCCCAUCUCUCGCUGCUGGCAACAGCGGCGCCAUGUCCUUUGUCUGCCAUGACUGCAACGGCGCGAUUGGGACUGGCACCGAGUGGAUUUCUGCCAUCGGUCGUGUCUACCACAAGGAGCACUUUGUUUGCCACCAGUGCAAGCAGCCGUUCGGGUCGGGUCGGUUCCUCGACAAGGAAGGUCGGUUGUAUUGCGAACACGACUACGAGGCUCUAUUUGGCCGCGUGUGUGCUGGCUGCCACGUUGCCAUCGCCUCUGGUGAGAAUGCCAUCAAUGCUCUCGGUCGUUCCUGGCACGCUGAUCAUUUCAGGUGCACGCAUUGCUCUGAGAAACUCGAAUCCAAGUUUGUCGUCCUGGACAAUUUGCCGUAUCACAAGCAUUGCGCUGAAAGCGGGCCAGCGAACGCGUGCUCUGGCUGCGGCAAGCCAAUUGAUGGCACGUACACGAACGCUGAUGGCCAAAAGUGGCAUAACGAGUGCUUGAAGUGUCGGCACUGCUCAACUCCUGCUACUGCCACGGACAUGUUCAUCCAGAACGGAAAGCCCAUCUGCGGCAAGUGCCAAGCAAAGCCAUAAAACAGAAUGCAACAGAUUUGCUUGAUGCAGCGGUGCCUUUGACUCCUCCCUCGCUAUCUCUCUCUCAAUGUUGGUCUGCUGUCCCAUCCCUUAUUCAAUAUAUUCCAUGUACAUUGCUUCUCCA